AUGACCGAGUACCACGAGACAUUUGGUCUCUCAGGCGCAGGCUCCCCGACUGGCAUCAUCUGCAUCAUCUACAGCCUCGGUCAGAUCGCCGCCUUCCCGGUCUGCGGUCUGCUGGCUGACGGCCUCGGCCGUCGCUGGUGUAUCAUGAUCGGCUGCUUUAUUGUCGUUGUUGGGACUGCUAUCUAG